CAGUAAAAACACCGACUCUCUCUCUCUCUCUCUCUGCUCCAAACAAAACACUCUGUCCUUCUCUGUCCCUCUUCUCUCUAUCACCUUCUCUGCUAUAUAAAAAUCCCAUCUUUUGGGUUUCUUAAUCUCGUGCGUUAUAUAACCCGGUAAUUUUUCCGGCAAGAUUAGAGCCAGAAAGUGUAAAAACCCGUGUUUGGAUUUAUUGUGAUAGUUUUGGUUUGAGGGUGUUUGUGGGGUCGGAUUGGGUUUUGCUUCAGAGGGUAUAACAAUGGCGGGAAUAGCAAUAAUCCUAGAUCUGUUGAGGAAAAACCCAAGUCCUAGUACAGUCCAAGCGUUACACUCUGCUGGGUAUUUCUCAGCCAAAGCCGCCGCUUCUGCCGCUGCUGCGUCUGUCGCAGCAGGUGCUCCAUAUGCUUAUAAGGCACUAUUUGGUAAUUUUAGGGUACCGGUUGCCUAUUGUGAUGCUGGGACAGCAUGGUCCGAAGAUUAUGUUUCUAAUUUACGAAGUGCAUCUCAACGAAUCUUUCAGAGUGAUUCUCUGAAUUACAGUACCAAGGAAUACAAAAUUGAGUUAAAGCCUCUAUUCUCAGCUUUUGAAUGGAGGACUCUAACUAUGACAUCCCUGAGGUCAUUUUUAAUGUUCUUUUUACCUCUUCUGGAGCCUCGUACAAACUUGGAAGAGGAUGAUGAUGACUUCCUGUCGGACACUGAAGAAGUGCAACCUGUAGAUUAUGUUGUUCCUCUUAAAAAAUCAGUAGUGCAAAUUAUUCGUGAGACUACUGUUGUAACCACUAGACGGAUUCUGGAACGAAUUUGUGUCCAUUAUGUUUCAGAGAGAAUGGCAUGGAAACUUCUCAAAGAUGUUCCUAAGUCCGCCACGAGGAAAGCUGGAAGAAGAUUGCCUACUUUAGUUUUCUUCUUCAGUGUUAGCAAAACAACUAUCAGAGGGCACUUUCUAGGUGUGGCAGCGUCGUGGCUCAUCCAAGUUGGCAUUGAAAUCUACCGAUAUUUUUCUCAUACGAUAAAGUCUAGAGAAGAGGUUGAUGACAUUGAUACGGCAGAACAAGGCAAGAUUCUUGGGAAGAAGGUUACAGUUACUACUCUCCGGUGUGGUGCAUCACUAGUUUUUGCUUCCAUUGGGGCAGGUAUUGGUGCCUCACUCAUCCGCCCUUCAUCUGGCCAGUGGAUUGGCUGUCUUUUGGGGGAUUUGGCAGGGCCUUUUAUUGUAACAGCUUGCCUUGGGAGAGUUUACCACGCAGAACUUUGAGCACCGGGGAUGACUUGUCUGACGUCUUUGCAUUUGAGCAAAUUUUAGAGGUUUAGACGAGACAAUUUUUACUAUGCGAUGGUAGAGUGCUUAACAGCUGUACCACCUUGAAAUCUAGUAAAGCAGGUGUUAAAAGGAGAAGUUUUUGCAACCGUUGGAGUUUCUCCUUUCUGGAAUUAUGUCAUUCUGUUUGUUUACGGUGAAGUUUUUCAAAUGGUGUUUAUACUUUGGAGUUGAUUAUCAUGAUUUGUCUGAUUAAACUCUGCAUUGAUUGUUUGUACUGCAUAUAUAUGCCAAUUUUUCUCAUGAA